CCGAGGUUCUGAGCGGCUGGCUGAGGCGGCGCCUCUGCAGCCGGAAGCGCGAUGCCUUGAACCUGGGGUGAGCUCCGCAGCGCUGGUCUGUUGCUGCCUCUCUUCCCAGCUGCCUCCCAACUCUCGGGUCAGGAGUAGAAAGGCCGGCCAGACCUCCACUGACGCGCCGAGCUCCCGCGGGGAGACAGGCCUGGCCCUGCCGCCCUUUCUAGGCCUCGCCUUAGGGCGCGGGGCUGGCUAGGGAGGGCCUUCUGUGGUCCCACCGUCUCUAACCCCUGCGGUUUCCAGUGGCAGGGCGUGGAGGUGGCUUGUCCCGUUUGGGGGAGGUUCUAGGGUACCAGGAGAGAGUUUUUCUUCUUCGAGUGCGGAUCCGGAUUUGAAUAUUGCCGCCGGCGCAGUCAGUCCGCCAGCAGACGUAGCUGUUGGUUACAAGUGCAGAAACUAUGUGAAGCAGGAGUCUUCCUGGAUUUCACAAGACAUCACUUCAUCAUGGGACAGCAAAUUUCAGAUCAGACGCAGUUGGUUCUUAACAAGCUACCAGAAAAAGUAGCAAAACAUGUCGCAUUGGUUCGAGAAAGUAGCUCCUUAACGUACGAAGAAUUUCUUGGGAGAGUAGCUGAACUUAAUGAUGUAACUGCUAAAGUGGCUUCUGGCCAGGAAAAACAUCUUCUCUUUGAGGUACAACCUGGAUCUGAUUCCUCUGCCUUUUGGAAAGUGGUUGUACGAGUAGUCUGUACCAAGAUUAACAAAAGCAGUGGCAUUGUGGAAGCAUCACGGAUCAUGAAUUUGUACCAGUUUAUUCAGCUUUAUAAAGAUAUCACAAGUCAAGCAGCAGGAGUAUUGGCACAGAGCGCCACCUCUGAAGACCCUGAGGAAAACUCUUCAUCUGUAACAUCUUGUCAGGCUAGUUUUUGGAUGGGAAGGAUAAAGCAGCUGACUGACGAGGAGGAGUGCUGUAUCUGUAUGGAUGGUCGAGCUGACCUCAUCCUGCCUUGUGCUCACAGCUUUUGUCAGAAGUGCAUUGACAAAUGGAGUGAUCGACACAGGAAUUGCCCUAUUUGUCGCCUACAGAUGACUGGAGCAAAUGAGUCUUGGGUGGUGUCAGAUGCACCCACGGAAGAUGACAUGGCUAACUAUAUCCUUAACAUGGCUGAUGAGGCAGGCCAGCCCCACAGGCCAUGACUUUGAGGUGAAGUGUUUCUAUUAGGGGCUACAAACACUCCGGUCAUGGGGGAAGGAUGCAAGGUUGUUGUGGUGCAGACACUGAGAAAUCAGUUUUUCCCACCCUCUUAUUUUUGCUAUUCUGACAAUUUAUCCCAUUUCUUUUGACAAACUUUCCAUGUCUUCCAUUUAUGGUAAACUAAAAUUUGCUACUGUUUUAGGUCAGAUUUUCCUAUUAUUUACCUGUUCUAAUGAAUAUUAGGACUAAUUGCUCUUGAAUCCUUUGCUGGGGUUACAGCAGCAUUUCCAGGGGCUUCUGAAACAACAACUACUUUUCAGGGCAAGAGUAAUCUGGAAUCUAUUCAGUUAGGUCUAAAAUAAACCUUGAAAGUUAAAAAGUUGUAGCCAUAUGAGAGAAAAUCUUAAAUGACUGAAAAUGUAGAAUAUAUCAAAGUGCAUGUUACUACUUAAAUUAGUCUUUCUGCUGGAAUCUAAGGAGUAUGUAUGCCCCCUUGUGGUUAACUAUUGCUCCUUUAAUAAUUUUUACUUGAAAUGAUCCAGUUAUUUCCUAACUUUAGUGGUGUGUUUUGGAACUACAUGGGUUUUUUGUUGUUGUUGUUUUUUUUACCUAAAAGUCUUUUUUUCCCUCAUGCUUUAUAAUUUGGGUGAGGACUGUAAAUUUGGGCAUGGCUUUGCCUUGUAAAUGGAUUUCUUCUGGGGAGUCUUCUUGGCUAUUCUGGAAAUGCUUUCCCAAGCUGGGAAACUUCUAAAUAGCUUUUGAUAAUACUUAUGCAUCUUGGAGUUUCAGAUGGAAGUUUUUCUUCAUCACAGAUCCUAAGUUUUAUAUUUCUAAAUUAUGAAAAAUCAUUCAAUAUUGGUUUAUGGUGCUUUUAUUUUUUUAACUUGAAGGCAUCUUUCUGAGGUUCCCAAGUCUUCAAAUUUCUUAGAUUAAGAGAGAAGAAAAUAGGGUGUAGCUUUUUAAUCAUAUUUAUACACAAGGCACCUCUGAAAAUUAGGUGAUAGUUUGACUUUGUUUCAGUGUACCUUAUUUGAAAUACCCUGAAAGAGUACAGUCAUAAUGGAAUUAUGAUGUUCAGUGGCACUUGAACCAUUUUUGAAAAAUUUUGCUCCUAAAGUAAAAUUUUUGUUUUAUGCUACAUAUGAACAUUUCAGCAUACAAUAAAUUAGGGCCUGAUGCCUUCUUUAAAAAGUAUGUUCACAUUCCAUGUAACUUUUCUGAUUUAUUGGUAAAUUGCAAAUAUUACUAUUUUCUGAAGUACCAAAGUACACAAUUUAAGUUGCUGCUUAUUGACAGCAGAAUUUUCAAGUACUAGGAUUUUAAUAGGCAUGCAAAUUAAGUAAUUCAUUUCUAGGAAAAAUGUCUGACCAAAGGUAGCUUGAUUUUACCCCCAAAAUACUGAUACUGGUUGACAUUCAUGAUGGGAGCAGCUCAGUACCAAGUAGCUAAACACUUGCUAUGGAUGUUUACGAAGUAGAGCACUGGGGAUGCUACCCUGUCAACCUGGUAAUGCACUUGAUGGUUGUGUGACCUUGAGAAAGUCCCUUCCUCUGGUUUAUAGAUUCCUACUUUAUUUUCACACUUCCUUUUAACAGUAGAACCUUUUUGCCCCCCAAGUAAAAAUCUUACUCAGAACCCCUACACGCACACACACGUGCUGCGUGGGCGCACGUGCGCACACACACACACUACCCCACUAUAUAAAAGUCAUUUUAUUGAUAUAAAUUCCCUUAUACAAAUUUUAAAUACCAUAACUAAAUAUUAUAAAGUCAACCAAUGAAAAUAUGUAUUAAUGUAGUGGUGGUACCCAGUUUAUUGGAAUUUGGUGAGUAACACAGUUGUAUGAUAGGACUUGUUUUUUAAGUUUUUUAAAAAAAUUAAAUUCAUGUCAAAUUUGCAUAACUCUAAAUCUCCUCCUUGGAUUCUUAGUACUCUGUGGAAUUUAUUUUGAAAACCUUGAGAUGAUCCUCUGAGAUCUUUUCCAGCUCUAAGAUUUUAAACUAUCUUUUUGGAUUAGACUUGCUGAGUCUAAUUCAGAUUGCCUAAUUUAAGAAUGUUUCUGAAAACAAAGUUGCUUUAUAGAUUUUUGGUUCUUUCCGGAUAUAGCCAAUGGUUUUAUCCCCCAGAAUCCUUCACCCUUCAAUUCUUUAACGGUGAGCCUGGUGACUUGAUAUUGCCCAGACCUUUCUAUUUUCCAGUAUGAGCUCCAAGACACUAACUGAUCUACUGUGAAAUAUGUUUUUAUUAGCCUUAUCAAGUAAAUGAGCAUAGUUUUUUGCUCACUCCAUUAAACUGGGUGGUAAUUCUUUGGAUGUGAAUGUUAGGUAGGCUCUACUGUAAUAACUAACCGUAAAAGUUGUAAAUUUGUUUAAUGGCUGAAAUGUAUACUUUUUGUAUUCUGUACAGCUUGUCUUUUUUAAAUUUGAAGUACUUAAAUGCACUUACUAUGAUAGGAAAUAUGUGUGCCUUCUAGGAUUUAUGAAGUGGUUUCAUGAACUCUUAAGAAAUUUGUUUUAUAAGUUAUUAAGUUUCCCUAUCCUAACUCAAUAACAUAGAGUUUGCUUAUAAUACCGUAGAAGUUUAGUUUAAGAAAAUGGUUUUAACUAUGUACUGAAUUUAGAAGUAGAGAAUAAUAGUAUCUGUUUUAUUCUUACGGGAAACUGACAUAUUGUGCAGUAAGUAAUCUUUAGCAAGUAAAUUUUAGCUAAUUGAAGAGAUUUUCUUA